AUGUUACGAUCAAAAGUUUCAACAUAAAAUAAUAUUAUUUUUGAAAAUAGGAAUGAAAAUUAUAGAAUAAAAUAUUAUAAAUUAUUUUUCAAUAUGAAACUUGAUCUCGAUAUUUAUCAGUGGCUUGUAAAAAUAAAUGUGUUAUAAGAAUUGCCAAUCAAUAAUUUAUUUGCUCAUGUUGAUUAGGCUUUGGAAGAACAAUUCUUGAAUGGAAUAAUAAUUAGUUAGAUCCUAAAAUAAUUUGAUUAAAAAAUUGAUGUAGAUGUCAAAUAAGGUAAUAGUAAUGGUAUACGAUUAUUUAAUUGGAAUAAUGUAUGUAGAAGUUUACAGUAGAUUAACAUAACAUUAGAUGAUGAUAUCAAAAGUACAAAAUUUGCAUCUAUGUAGUUUCAAUUGUCAAAGGAGAUUUUUAGAUGUUAAUGUAAUUUUUGAAAGAAUUAAAAUAACAUUAUGAAUUAGCAUUUUAUAUUGAAGAACAAGUGAGUACAACAACUAGGUUUGAUUCAUAAUAAAACGAGCCAUAAGAAAUAAGUAUAGAUGAGAUUGAUCCUGAAAAGCCUUUGAAUUAAACACAAUCUCUUUUAGAAUUUAUUAUAGUAUCUCUUUGUAAACAUUUCACUUUAAAACCAAAGCAGGCAGUAACACUGCUUAAUUAGAAUUAUAAAUAAUUAUCAAAUGUUCUAAUAAAAGGUAAUAAAGGAUUCAAGAAUGUUAUAAAUUGGCUAAUGGAAUUGUCUAAAUAUAUUAAUCAUAUAAUUAAAUUUGUAACUUACAAAAUAGAUAUUUUAUUGACUCUACUUAAAGCUGGUUUAGUUUCAUAAAGUAAUGAAGUAUGCUAUUGGACAUUAUAUAUAAUUGAAGGAAUUUUAAUUAAUUUGCCUUAAAAAGAGUUAUUAGAAGAUGUGUAUGCUUGGCUUGUAAGAGAACAUGGAGGUUUAAUUGCAUUGAUUUUAUCAUAAUAACGUCAUCACUAAUAUUUAGAAUAAAUAUGUAAAAUUUAUAGUAUUGUUUCUUAAUAUAAUGUUGUUGACUUUUUUGAUGUAUAAUUAAGAAAAAUUUUGAAAUCUGGAAAAGAAUAUAUAGAUUUUAUUAAUGGAAUCAUUCAAAUAAUACCUAUUAGAGACCAAAUGUAAGAAUUAAAUCUUUUUGAAUUAUUUGCAUCUCAUGCUAUUAAAUUAUUUGAAACUAAACAUACUAUAAUGGAGAGAAUGACAGCUCUGAAAUAUUUUGAACAUUAUUGGAUAUAUUAUCCAGAAUAAUUUGUUCCAAAUCAAAUAGAAUAAUAUUUAUUAAAUUCAAGAAAGGCUACUAGAGAAGCUAGUUUUACAAUGAGAAUAUUUACUUAUUAGAGUUUAUUUAGAAUCUUAGAUAACUUAGCUUUAUAAAAAGAUAAAUAUGCAGCUUUGUUAUAUAAAAAAUUAGUAUUUUCACUUAUUGAAAAUUUUGAUUAAAAAGAAGUUAGAGAGUUUUUGGUAGCCAAUUUCUUAAUGCUUAUUAGAAAAUAUUCAACAAUUCCUAUUGAUAUUUUAAUAAUUCCUAUGGUAAAGUAACUUUAGAUUGAAUAAAAUGAAAUAUAAAUUAACAUUGUUGACUUUUAAUUACUAAAAUCUGUUUGCACUCAUCCAAAAAUUGAUGUUAAUGUGACUAUUUUAAUGCUUGAUAUGUUAAGUAAGUUAUAUUUAAGUUCUAUCAUGUUUUAUUAAUUGGCUUUUUAGUAGAUAUAAUUACUGUUAACAAGAUUUAUAAAAUUAAAUCCAGUAUAAGAAUUCACAUUUAAUCUUGUAAAAAUUGCAAUUUCUGAGUAUUAUGGUAAUUAUUAGGAACAUAUAAAGAGUAAUCCAAAAUAAAUUUUGAAUAGGAGUCCAGAUGAAAACAUAAGAAGAUAAUAAUUUAGAUCUUAGAUUAUUUCUUUAAUUAAGUUUAUUAUAAAUCUUAGAUCUUUUGAAUUGAAUGAGUAAAUUAAACCUGUUAUAGCUCAUUUUUAUUUGGAAAUCUAAUAAGUAUAUUUAAAUAAUAAUUAUUGAAUAGAAUUUAAAAACAGAAUCAAAAGCUUUAUUUAUGUUGUUAGGGCAUUUUGGUGAUCCUUAAGAAAUUGUUUAAGAAGAAUAGAAAAAAUAUAAAUAAAUCAAUUAAUCACAAUAAAACCCAUUUGUUUAAAGUUAAAUUGUAAAGUCUUAAGGAUUAAAAGUAUCUUAGAUAUCUCAGGUAUCUCAGAUAUAGUAAAAUUUAAAUAAUAAUUAUCCAAAAUCAAAUAAAUCAAUAAUCUCAUAGAAAGAGGAUCCAUUUAAAGAAUUAAGAGAAGAUGCAACUAAACCAUCUUUGACAAUGCUUGGAAAUAUAUCAUUAAAUUAUGAUGAAUAGUCAUUAUUGAAAUAAUUUGAAUUACUUUGA